CUGAAUUCAAUUAUAACGCGGAUUCUGGACGCACAUUCGAAGCGUGGUUCAGGCGCUGGGAAGACAUGUUCCGGACGGACUUCAUUCCUCAGGACGACUCCUGGAAGGUACGAUUGCUACUCCGCAAGCUCGGAAUAAGUGGACAUUCAGGAUUCAUAGACCACAUUCUGCUCAAACAACCGAAGGAUCUGACGUUUGACGAAGUAUUGUCGCAGCUAAAGGAGAGUUUUGAAACUUACGCGAUGGCAUCUACUGAGGUCACACAUACCGCGGAAACUUUUGUCUGCAAUUCUUGCAACGUAAAAUUUUCCGGACGAGUUCCUUUCGCCCAUCACUUGGAGGCCACUCCUCACGUAAAAAUUGACUCACGUACCUUUGAAUGCUCCACUUGUGGCGUCCCGAUGAACUCUAAACAGAGCUUCGAGAUUCACAUCAAUGGUUCCAAACACAAGCGCAAGUUGGACAGAGCUGCAGCGGACUUAGUGGCAUCCGUCCCCACAACCCCCUCUGCUGAAUCAUCUCUGUUCGCUACCACUACUACGGGUGACAGCACGGUUCAACACUCUGGAGGAGCCUGGCGAUGUACGCUGUGUGAUUUGUCAUGUUCGUCUAGUGAACAAUUUAAUAUGCACUUGAGUGGUAAGAAACAUGCAAGGCGCAGUAAGCUUCAAACCAACUCCGUGGCAAGGACCUUAGCACCUGACGCUUCGGACACGGAGAGUAAUUCGACAACAGUGAAGCGAAUGUCAAGAAAGCGAGCUCUUUUCUCGUACACAAAAGCCCAACUGGAUGGCGGUUUGGAUGCGCUUCGGCAGUUGGAGUGCUCCACCACGUCUGAUAUGUUGACCCCGAUGUUAUCGCAGUUACCGUUGUGCAUGCGUAAAUCGGCCGACAACUCCAUUGGGCUUGAGGUAGAACCGAAACGUCAGCACACGGAGGAAAUCAGCCAGCCUAAUGAGCGUGUGUUUUGCACGCAUGCAAAGUGUAUGCUUGCCCGAGCUCUCAAGUGCUACGAAUCAACCUUAAGGCAGCUGCAAACCCCUCCUCUGGACAACAAGACUUAGGAGACAUUCUUCGGACUUACCGAUGUUCCCAGUUGAACACGUUUUCCACACCCGUUUGACAAUGAGUUGCCAACUGCUUCCUCAUUGUAAAUUCUUCAUUUUAACGUAUUAAUAAACACGUAGUCCAUGA